ACGCAAACCUGCUUCCGUCGUUUAUGUGCUUUAACAGACAGUGAAAGGCAACGGGUCUUAACAUUUCUCAGCAUCAUAUUAGCGUUUUAAUGUAAACAUGGGCGCUUGUCUGGCCUUGUGUUCCUUAGCCAGCUGUGCCUCAUGUCUGUGUGGCUCAGCACCAUGCCUACUGUGUGGGUGCUGUCCCUCUUCCAAUAACUCUACUGUUACACGCCUGGUCUUCUCCUUCUUUCUGCUGCUGGGAACCAUGGUAUCCGUAAUAAUGAUCCUUCCUGGGAUGGAGACACAACUCCGCAAAAUUCCUGGAUUUUGCCAAGGAGGAUCUACUAUACCUGGAUUUGAAAACAAAGUUAACUGCGAUGUCAUAGUGGGCUACAAGUCUGUGUACCGCAUGUGCUUCGCCAUGACUUGCUUCUUCUUUUUGUUCUCCGCCAUAAUGAUACGUGUCCGUAGCAGCAAAGAUCCACGGGCAGCCAUUCAAAACGGGUUUUGGUUCUUUAAAUUUCUGAUCCUCAUUGGGAUUACAGUGGGAGCGUUUUUCAUCCCAGAUGGAACAUUUAAUACAGUGUGGUUUUACUUUGGAGCAGUGGGAUCUUUCAUCUUUAUUAUCAUCCAGCUUAUUCUCCUCAUUGACUUUGCCCAUUCCUGGAACAAAGUGUGGGUGGAAAAAGCUGAAAACAGUAACAACAAAUGCUGGUUUGCAGGUCUGCUGUCUUUUACCUUCCUCUAUUAUGCCCUGGCCUUUACUGCUGUGGUGCUUUUCUACGUGUACUACACAAAGCCUGAUGAUUGCACUGAGCACAAGGUCUUCAUCAGCCUAAACCUCAUCUUUUGCGUCAUAGUUUCCGUCGUCUCCAUUUUGCCCAAGAUACAGGAAGUCAAUCCAUACUCUGGUCUGCUCCAGGCUUCCCUUAUUUCUCUCUACACUAUGUAUGUCACUUGGUCUGCAAUGACUAACAAUCCAGAUCGCAAUUGUAACCCCAGCCUACUGAGUCUAGUGUCCAACAUCAGCACCACUGCACCCUCUGGUGAUGGCACCACAGGACCCGUGCAGUGGUGGGACGCCCAGGGAAUUGUUGGUUUGGUCAUCUUCCUCUUCUGCACUCUCUAUGCAAGCAUUCGUUCAUCAAGUAACAGCCAGGUUAACAAGCUGAUGCAGACACAGGAGGGUGGGGAGUCAGGUGAAGAGGGUGUGUUGGGAGAGGAUGGCAUACGCAGGGCCAUUGACAAUGAGGAGGAGGGAGUCACUUACAGUUACUCCUUCUUCCACUUCCAUCUCUGCCUGGCUUCUUUGUACAUCAUGAUGACUCUCACCAACUGGUACCAACCAGACACCACCACCCAGGCCAUGAAGAGCACUAUGCCAGCUGUGUGGGUGAAGAUGAGCUCCAGCUGGCUUGGCCUUGGGCUCUACCUCUGGACCCUCAUUGCCCCUCUCAUCUUCCCUGAUAGGGAUUUCAGCUGAGUUGGUCUUUUACCUGUAUAUUUUUCUGUGUUCUGUUUACGUUCCUGGGCAUGUUUAAAGACCCCCCCCCCACCCAUUUUCAUUUAAAUGCCUCUACUGCUUUUGUUUUUUGACUGUUCUCAGUAUAUGCAGUGUGAUAAUCACCUUAGUGAUUGUGUAGUUUUGUCGUUGAAAGAUUCAGCUGUAUGUUGUGACUCACCUUAAAUGCUCUCUACUUUGCCUAAUGUAAUAUUAUCAUAGGAACUGUGUUUCUGCUGAAUUUUCUUUAUUGGGCUGUCAAAACGACUGCCAGCAACAGGGCACUUUCUCAGUACCUCAGAAGUUUUAUCUACAGAUUCCUAUUUGAAGGCAUGUGAGAUCUGAUCGGCCAGGUCUGGAAUCCCUCUGAUUAGCUGAACUUUAUUUAGCACCAGGGCAAUGAGGGUAGCCCAACUUAUGAGCCCCAAAGUAAGGUGAGUGUGAGCCCUAGAUAAGACUAACAGGCCGCGCCCUGCACAUGAUAGCAGGGUUUCCCUUUUGCUGCUAGUCUAUAUGCAAAUUUACGUCACUGGACUUUGAGUUCAAAAAGACAACCGGUCUAAUCUCAGCUCUUCCUCACAUAGUCCUUGUUUAAGGUAUUUAAUCUCCGGUGCUAUGCCUCUCCUCGUCUGACUGUGUUUGGCUUUAUACAGCCACAAGUAUCAGUCUGUGCUAUUCUAGUGGUGUUUUUAUAGCAGGGAGACGUCCACUAAUACAUAGAAGUUAGCAUCGUUGCAUGUUCAGGUUAUUGUGGUUUAGUUGAUGGCAGGAAUUUCAGACAACUUCUGCUCUCACUACCACAAUGUCACGAUGAUUUCAGAAUGUUUUUUGCUUAAAAGUAAAAAAGGGAUAUUUAAGUGUUGUACACAACAAUAAUGGAACAUUGGUGAGUGAUUAAUUGCUGUUAAAUGGUGUUAAGUUUGAUAUUAUAUUGAUGGUUGUAAUAGUGGUCCAGUAAUUUUAUGCAUCAUUUAGUGGUUACCUCAAUUCUGAUAUGAAGAGAAUGUGUUAAAAUCAUCCCUAUUUUUUUAUAAGAAUCAUUUUGGUACAAUCCUGCAAAUGUUAUCUUUUGUCUGUUGUGUUCCUCUCACACAUUGCUGUGCCCACGCAUAUGAAUCAUAGUUCCUGUUUCUCUGGCUGCACAUAGAGAUUGUGAAUGAAGUCUUUCAUUGUUGCCGUAAAUAGAAAUCUUUUUAAAAAUAUAUGAAUACCUUAUCAAAAAUGUCAAACAUUUUACCCAUACAACAUUACUAAGGGUCCUAAUUGGGUAUAUGUGCUAGUAAGUGGUCAUAAUGUAAUAUUUCAAAAUACUAUCAAGUGCCUUUUUGUAGUCUUUUCAAAAGGGUGUCACUACUGCUGUCAAGUGGCUUGUUACACCUUGCCUUACACAGUGUGGUGAGUCAGCCAUUGCAUGACAUAUUGGUAUAUGCCAAAACCAUGAAUAAUUAAUGUAUGAUCACAAUUUCUAAUAAAGUCCAUUUCAACUCUGA